UCGAGCAGGACCCAUCUGCGACGUCCGACCACCGCAAUGACGAGACCACGCCGGUCGUCGGGUGCGAGCGAAGAGAGCUCAGGGACCGCCCGGGAGCAGGUACGCACGCGACAGAUUUGCCAGCCGCGGUGAUAUAGGCCCGCUGACAUUGACCAAGGAGCUGGGGAGCAUGUAUGAUUACUUGGCCAAGAUCAUACUGUUGGGCCCUAGUGGAACGGGGAAGUCGUGUCUCCUGCAUCGCUUUGUCAAGAAUGAGUGGAGGGUCCUGUCGUCGCAGACCAUCGGCGUCGAGUUUGCGAGCAAAAUUAUCAGAGUGGGCACCGGAUCGCGGCGGAAACGCAUCAAGCUACAGCUCUGGGAUACCGCCGGUACCGAACGUUUCCGAUCCGUCUCUCGCUCGUACUAUCGAGGCGCUGCUGGCGCUAUUCUCGUCUACGACCUCACUUCGCAUGCCUCCUUCCGCGCCCUUCAACCAUUUAUCAACGAUGCCCGAGCGCUCGCGUCUCCGAACCUAAGCGUCAUGCUCGUUGGGAACAAGCUGGAUCUUGCGACUGACACGCUGAUCGACACAAGCCUGCCACCAGCGACCCCAAAUAGCGUCUCCUCCAUGGCUGGUGGCGCAGGAGGAAGCUCAUAUUCUACCUCAGUAUCGACAAAUGCCGAUGGAACUACGACUAGGGAUCGUGGCGCCUCGAUCGGAGCCAGUGCACAUCAAAGAGCGAGCAUCGCACCGGAAGGCCGGGAGGUGACGAGGGCGGAGACAAGUCGGUGGGCAAGCACUGCAGGCAUUUCGGUCGUCACGGAAGCCAGCGCAUUCAACGGGGAGGGCGUGGAUGAGAUCUUUGGCCGACUGGCGAGGAUGAUUCUUACCAAGAUUGAGCUUGGAGAGAUCGACCCGGACGACCCUGCGAGCGGAAUCCAAUACGGCGACAGUGGAGGUUGGAACACAGCCAGCGAUGGAGGCAGCAUCAAGAGCUCCAUGACGGGCGCCACGGUUGACGAUGGCCUCGCCGGGCUUCGGAGGAGACGAAAGGCGAAGAAUCGCCCGCAGAAUUGGGGCAUCCGGGAAUGGGAAGAGGUCUUCACCCUGAGCAACAGGAGGAGGGGUGGCAACUGUUGUUAAUGAUUUCCUUUUGGACUCUUUUCUUCCUUUCUUCUUUUCUCUUCUUCCUUUCGUUCCGUUCAUGUUUGGAGCUCAAGGGGUCUGGGACGGGUCAUUGCGGGAAACGGUGGUAUGCCUUGGCUGUACAGUGUUUGGGGAUAUUACUUGGAAGCAUUCGU